CUAUACACCACACACCGCCUGGGAGCUUCCUCAUCAGGGACAGCAGUCAGCCGGACGUCUUCUUCACCCUCAGUUACCACGGCGACCGGGGGCCCGUCAGUGUCCGCGUCCUCCUGACCAGUCAGAGUUUCCGCCUCAACGGCAGUAACAAGGCCUUUGAUUCGUUGUUCUCCUUGCUGCGGUUCUACGUGGAGUCGUCCCAUAGGCGGCUGCGGAGGGCGUGGCGCAGGGAGCGACCCAUGACCUUACAGCAGCUGUGUAGGGGACGGAUCGUGGAGUUGUACGGAGCGGAGAGGAUAGAUUCACUACCUGGGCUUAACCAGGUGGUCAUACAGUAUCUACAGGACUAUCCUUAUAGUAUAUAGACACACCCUCCUACCGGAGAGUUUGGGGCACCACUUCCGUUUCAACAGACUGAAACUCUCUGAAUGGUACUGACCCGAAACUACAAUGGAGUGGAGCCCCAGAAAACAGAAUGGGAAUUUGCUGUUUUUUACACUCUCUGUCUCUGGUCUGGUUCUGUGGUUCUGUCUCUGUUCUGUGGUUCUGUCUCUGGUCUGGUUCUGUGGUUCUGUCUCUGUUCUGGUUCUGUGGUUCUGUCUCUGUUCUGUGGUUCUGUCU